AUUGGCUGCUCAUAGGGAAGGCGGCAGGAAAUCCCAGACCGGUCUCUAGCCCAGGAACAGAGGAACAGGGUUUGGCCAAAAUCCGUUUUUGGGAAAUCUGGCUUUGAUUGGACUCGUGUGCAGGUUUGCAGAUUUGUGGAUGCUGCAGCUGCUGGUGCAGCACCGUUACGUUCUUGACGGCCAGGGGCACAGAGUCAUUCAGGUUUGAAUUGUUACAGCGGGUCCAUCCUCGCUUUAGUCUGUUGUUGUUGUGCCUGGGAUCAUCAUUUAGGCCCUUGUUAGAGAGAAGUCAGCUUUCUGUGAUGGAGCUACUGGGUUUGCUGUGCGCCGUGCUCCUGUGCACGGCUGCGGUGCAGGCUAAACCAAUGCUAAGGAAAGACAGAGUCCUCCAUCCAGAGUCCGAGCUGAGCAAGAGGACACCGGAAGACAAUAACAGCUUCCAGUACGAUCAUGAGGCCUUUCUGGGCAAAGAGGAGGCCAAGACAUUUGACCAGCUAACUCAAGAGGAGAGCAAAGAAAGACUAGGGAAAAUUGUGGACCGGAUCGACACCAACGCAGAUGGCCUGAUCACCACAGACGAACUCAAGUCUUGGAUCAAACGAGUCCAGAAACGCUACGUGUACGAGAACGUGGCCAAGGUGUGGACAGAUUAUGACCUGGACAAGGACAACAAGAUCUCCUGGGAUGAAUACAAGCAGGCCACAUAUGGAUACUACCUGGCCAAUCCAGAGGAGUUUGAAGAGGCCACAGACCAGUUCAGCUUCAGGAAGAUGCUUCCUCGAGACGAGAGGAGAUUUAAAACUGCUGAUCUGAACCACGACCUGGCGGCAGACAAGGAGGAGUUCACAGCUUUCCUCCAUCCAGAGGAGUUUGAACACAUGAAGGAUAUUGUGAUUUUGGAAACUCUGGAGGAUAUUGACAAGAAUGGAGAUGGACACGUGGACGAGGACGAGUACAUCGCCGACAUGUUCGCCCAUGAAGACGGGGGUCCAGAGCCAGAUUGGGUCAAGACGGAGAGAGAGCAGUUCUCCGAUUUCCGAGACUUGAACAAAGACGGUAAAAUGGACCAGGAUGAGAUCCGUCAGUGGAUUAUGCCACAGGACUAUGACCAUGCACAGGCCGAGGCCAGACACCUGGUCUAUGAGUCUGACAAGGACAAGGAUCAAAUGCUGACCAAAGAAGAGGUUCUUGAGAACUGGAACAUGUUUGUUGGAAGUCAAGCCACCAACUACGGAGAGGAUUUGACCAGAAACCACGACGAGCUCUGAGCCCCUGACAUUUUCCUGUGUGACUGUGUGAGACCUCCUGACAACUUUGAUACCAUGAACAUACACCAUCUGAACAAAACGUUCAUCCCUCCGCUCUUUUCUACCACUGCCCCCACCGCGCCCUUGUUUCCUUAUUGAAAUGGGUCGGGCGUCAGCGGAUCAGGACCUCAGACCAACACUGUAGACACCCAGGGAAGUUGGUCCUACCACGUUACACUCCAGGUGUUUCUGACAUUCAGAAACAUCACUGGUGUCUUUCAGUCGUAUCCUCCUCAGCGCCUCUGCCUCAGAAACGAACGCUGUCACUGUCAAAAACUAGAAACAGCAAAGUUAAUGUGAAACUGCAGCAGAAGCUUCUUAUUUAUUUCUCAUGUAACGUCUAAUCUUAGGAUUUAAUUCUUUUCCCUGAUGGUUUUAAACUGUUUACAUUUAUGAUCAAAUGUAUUUUUUGUUUUCAUUACAUGCUUUAAAACUAAGUGAUGCUGAACU